AUGUCUCUCAAGAAAGAUUCCCACCCCUCCUCCGCCGCCUUCGACGUCAUCAACCAGACGCUCCAGGCCAAUGAGGCUGACCGCAAGGACGCCCUCGACAAGGCCAAGGCCGUCGUCGCCUUCAACAUCAAGAACUCUGACGGCAAGGAAGAAGCCUGGUAUCUCGACCUAAAGGAGAAGGGCGAGGUUGGUCACGGACUCGCCCCCAAGGGCGGCAAAGCUGAUGUCACCCUCACCCUCUCCGACGCCGACUUCGCCCAGCUCGUCGCCGGCAAGGCCAAUGCCCAGCGUCUGUUCAUGGGCGGCAAGCUCAAGAUCAAGGGCAACAUCAUGAAGGCUACCAAGAUGGAACCUAUCCUGAAGAAGGCCCAGGGCGGAGCCAAGCUGUAA